GGGGCGUGGGGUGGCGGUGGCGGCGGGGAAGAUGGCUGCGGCUGAGGCUGCGGACACUCAGCUGAUGCUCGGAGUCGGUCUGAUCGAAAAGGACACAAAUGGAGAAGUUCUGUGGGUGUGGUGCUAUCCUUCCACAACAGCUACUUUAAGGAAACUGCUGCUGAGAAAAUGCUGCCUUACAGAUGAAAACAAACUUCUCCACCCCUUCGUCUUUGGUCAGUACAGAAGAACAUGGUUUUAUAUCACAACAAUUGAAGUUCCAGAUUCUUCAGUCUUGAAAAAGGUGACUCAUUUUUCUAUUGUACUGACUGCCAAAGAUUUUAACCCAGAGAAAUAUGCCGCCUUCACUAGGAUAUUGUGUAGAAUAUACCUGAAACACGGGAGCCCAGUUAAAAUGAUGGAGAGCUACAUCGCAGUUCUCACAAAAGGGAUAUGCCAGAGUGAAGAAAAUGGCUCUUUCCUUAGCAAGGACUUUGAUGCCCGAAAAGCAUACCUUGCAGGCUCCAUCAAAGACAUUGUAUCUCAGUUUGGAAUGGAAACUGUCAUCUUACACACAGCACUGAUGCUGAAGAAAAGAAUCAUCGUCUAUCACCCCAGAAUAGAAGCCGUGCAGGAGUUCACCAGGACUCUGCCCGCCUUGGUGUGGCAUCGACAGGACUGGACCAUACUUCAUUCCUACGUGCACCUCAGAGCUGAUGAGCUGGAAGCUCUGCAGAUGUGCACAGGUUAUAUCGCUGGAUUUGUAGACUUGGAGGUGAGCAAUAGAUCAGACCUCUAUGAUGUAUUUGUGAAUCUGGCAGAAAGUGAGAUUAUCAUUGCUCCACUUGCAAAAGAAGCCAUGACAAUGGGCAAACUGCACAAAGAAAUUGGUCAGCUAAUUGUUCAGUCUGCAGAAGAUCCAGAGAAAUCAGACAGCCAGGUUAUCCAGGUAACUCCCCAAUCUUCUAACUUCCUGAGAAUCCUGGAAGCAUGUCACUGGGUGGCAUGUGGCACAGCUGCUCAUUGUCUGCUGUUCAUGAGAAUAGAGUGAAGUGUGGGGACACCA